CCCGGGGGGGGGGGGGGGGGGAUAAGUGAUCUGAGGUCCUGGGGCUGUUCCCAACUCAAAUUGGAGUUACCGAUACUUCAUCACGCCGGCCCGGUCCAUUGACCAACUCAAAAAAGCAUAUCUGAUUUUUGCCUGAUCGUAGAGGCCAGACUCGUUCUCAAGCUCUGUGCCCUAGUUAGUUAAGUACUUAGUGUUCGUUGCCAACAGCUCCCCGGCAGUCAGUCAAUCAACGGCCGAACCUUGUUUCGUUUCCCAUCGUUUCCCACCACCAUGCAGCACCUAUUGCAUCCCCUCAAGCAUUCCGGGGUUGGCGCCCUGCCUACUCGUGUUCUCGCCGCCGCCGCCGCCACCACCGCCACCACCACCACCACCACCACCAGCAAUGCAGUACCGCAUCUGAGCGUGAGCCGGCUGGACUGCCUGCAGCAACCAGGCCACAUCCAGGAGGUCAAUCAGCUGCUCGAGCGGGAGGGCAUGGUCAAGCUCAGCCUGGGCUUCCCGGACGACGAGAGCAGGUACCUGCACGGCCUGAUCGUGGGCCUGGGCCGGUUCCACGGGCACGGCCAGCCGGUGGACCACAGCGCGACGCGGGGGUGGUUCUGGGACAUCCGGCCGAGCGCGAGCCGGUUCCAGAGCAACGGGUGCCAGGCGCGGUCCGAGACGAUGCGCGAGUUCCCCUGGCACACCGACUGCAGCUACGAGGACCGGCCGCCGCGCUACUUCGCCCUGCAGGUCCUCCAGCCGGACCGGCGCGGCGGCGGCGUCUUCUCGGCACUCGCCGCCCGCCACGUCCUCCGCCAGCUCUCGCCCGCCGCCCGGGACGCCCUGAGUCGGCCCGACUUCCGCAUCGCCGUGCCGCCCGAGUUCGUGCGGUCCAGCGGCAGGACACACCUCGUCGGCAGCAUCCUCGCCCCGGGUUGUUCCGCAUCCGCCUCCGCCUCCGCCUCCGCCUCCGCCUCGAUCCGGUUCCGGGAGGACAUCGUGACGCCGCUGAGCGAGGCAGCGGCCCGGGCGAUGGACGAGCUCAAGCGGGCGCUCCAGAGCCCGGAGGCGAGACGGGAGACGCUGCACCUCACGUCCGAGACCCUACCCCGCGGUUCUGUCCUGCUGCUGGACAACCGGCGCUGGCUCCACGCGCGGAACGAGGUCCGCGACCCGGAGCGCCAUCUGCGCCGUGUCAGGUGGGACGCCGUUCCGUUUGUGUGAGUGCGCGGAGCGGAGGCAGGGGAAGAAGAAUGAAGGGGAGGAGGAGUGGUGAGAAGAGGAGAGGGUAGGAGAGGGGAAAAUAAUUAGAUUAAUAAUGAGGCCAUUGAUGAGGUCAAAAUUGAGAGGUUGAGUUUGCUGUUCAAAAAAAAAAAAAAAAUUAAAGGGAAGGAAACCAAAGCACUAAAUUAGACAGUAUUUGUUUGCGUUUUUUAAACCUAACAAAUCCGAGGGGGAAAUUGUGGUGUAGGU